CUUCUCUCCUUCCUCCCUUUCUUUUAUAAAAGUUCAUAAACAUACAAAUGAAGAGAUCUCUAUCCCUUCCAUCCCUGAUAAAAAAUUCAAGAUUCUCUUCCUCGACAACCUUUUCCCGUUCUUCCUCACUCCUACAGACGAGGAUAGAGGUUCAGAAGAUUAACCAUUCUUUGAAUAUAGUAAACUCGGGUCUUUUGCAAAUUCAAUCUCAAUCUCAACUUCAAUCUCGACUCACAAACAAAUCCUUCACAGCUUCAUACACGCAAUCUCAAAUUCGUAGUUACACAAACACCACCCCCAAAAACCCAUCAAAAAUGUCCACCUCCCAACCCCAAGCACCCCCCUCCUUCAAAAAAGGAAACACAGCACUGAUCACAGGCGGCGCCUCUGGGAUCGGUCUCAGUCUCGCGGAAACAUGUCUCAAAUAUGGUAUGAAUGUUAUAGUAGUAGAUAAUAAUGGGGAUGAGUUGGGGAAGGCACAAAUGUAUUUGUCGGGGUUGAUUACGGGUGAGGGGGAAGGGGAACAACAGGUUGUGGGGUUGAAUGUGGAUGUGGGGAAUUUGGAGGAGUGGGAUGCGGUGAAGGAGACGGUGGAGGGGGAGUUUGAUGGUGGGUUUUGAUUUUGUUUAUUUUCUUUUCUUUUCUUUUCUUUUGGAAGGGGUGCGGGGUUUUGCGGUUUGGAGUGAGCGGGGAUGGGGAUGGGGAUGGGGACGGGGAUGUUGGUGUUGGUUGUAGUGAUAUCGGUAUGGUAUUACUAAUUGAGCAGCAAGAGAAGAGAGAAGAAAAAACCAAAUCACACACCCACUAACAUCCCCCCAGGAAAACUCCACCUCCUCGCCCUCAACGCUGGCAUGUCCCAACGCGGCACAAUCGGCACCCCCACCUCGCCAGCCUACUUCCAGAAAAUCCUAUCCGUAAACCUCUUCGGUGUUCUAAACGGCCUAAACACUCUCCUCCCCUUCAUAACAUCCCACUCCUCCCCCUCCUCUAUAAUCAUUACAGGAAGUAAACAAGGAAUUACCAAUCCCCCAGGAAAUCCCGCAUAUAAUAUGUCCAAAUCCGCCGUCAAAACACUCGCGGAGCAUUUAUCCUGGGAUUUGAGAGAGAAAAAGGAGAAAUUUGUACACCUUUUGAUUCCGGGGUGGGCGUAUACGGGAUUAGCGGGUAGUGGGUCUGCGUUUGUUGUUAAGGAGAAUGGAGGGGAGACAGAGGUUCAGAGAGCGGGAUUGGAAAAUAAACCAAAGGGUGCUUGGUCUGGUGAUCAGGUUGUGGAGUAUUUACUGGGGAAAAUGAAUGAGGAUGUUUUUUAUGUGGUUUGUCCGGAUGGGGAGGUCACGGAGGAAAUGGAUCGGAAGAGGAUAGCCUGGGGUGCGGGGGAUUUGGUUCAUGGGAGACAGCCGUUGAGUAGGUGGAGGGAGGAGUAUAAGGGGGAGUUUGAGGAGUUUAUGAAGAGGGAUUUGUAGGGAUUUGUAGGGAUGGGCUUGGAGAAGGGGUGGUUGAGAUGGUGGAUAGAUAGUAGCCAGAAGAUUAUAAGGCCAAUUUUGAAGAAUUGUUACUACCCUC